AUGAACAUCGCCGUCUUGGGUUGCGGACCUGUAGCACUGUGCUCAAUCAUCUCUACCAGAGAGUACCAGCCUGCCCGCAUAUUCGCCGUCGACUCCAUUCCCGGUCGCCUCGAGAAGGCACGGAGUCUCGGCUGCAUCCCCCUCAACUUCAAGGAGGUGGAUGUCGUCGCAGAGAUCAGGAAAGCUACCGACGGCGAAGGCGUGCACGCUGUCAUUGAAGCCGUCGGUCUUUCUCCUGCGUUAAAGACUGCAUACGAUAUGGUCUGUCCCGGUGGCAAGAUUAGCUCCAUCGGAGUGCAUAACGGAGAAAUGCCGUUCAGUGCAUCUGAUUGCUAUAACAAGGACAUACAUAUUCAGUUUGGGCGCUGUCCUGUGCGGGCUGUUUUUGAGGAUGCCCUCAGGACGCUGGUCCGCAACAAAGAGUUGGUCGUGGAGAUGGGCUUUGUUGAUCUGGUACUGCCAGGUCUAGAUGAGUCCUACGCCAGUGCACUGAAUCAGUUUGAGCGUGGAGAACUGAAUAAGGUCGUCUUCAAACCAAACGGCCCUGAUGCUUAG